GUUUGGUCUUUCUGAGCCACCGUACCUCAGCAGCGGUCUGUGUGUUUCUGUGCUGCGGCUCGGUGUUAACUGCAGUAGUCACUCCAGUAAAACGGAAGUAAGAAAAGUACAUAUUGUCAUCCAGAAAUUAAAAUAUUCCAGGGAUUUCCAGGAAUUUCUCCUAAAAUUCAUCACCACAACAAAAAGGAUAUUUAACUAAGAGCAAUGUUAAACUGCUGAAAGAGGUGAAGCACAAGACAUCCUGAAGAAUCUCCAGAACACGCAGAAAUUGUUUGAUACGUUUAACAGAUAAACAAAGCAAAGUCCCGACAUGGAGAAACAUCACCAGGGCAUUCACACAGGAGAGAAACCGUAUUACUGCUCAGACUGCGGGAAGAGUUUUAUUACACAGAGUCAACUCAAAAUUCACCAACGCAUUCACACAGGAGAGAAACCGUAUUACUGCUCUGACUGUGGGAAGAGUUUUAAUCAAGAGGGUCAUCUCAAACGACACCAGCGAAUUCACACAGGAGAGAAACCAUAUUGCUGCUUAGACUGUGGAAAGACUUUUACUGAAAAGAGUGCUCUCAAAAAACACCAGCGCAUUCACACAGGAGAGAAACCGUAUCACUGCUCAGACUGUGGGAAGAGUUUUAAUCGACAGAGUAAUCUCAAAAAACACCAGCGCAUUCACACAGGAGAGAAACCGUAUCACUGCUCAGACUGUGGCAAGAGUUUUAAUCUACAGAGUAGUCUCAAAAUACACCAGCGCAUUCACACAGGAGAGAAACCGUAUUACUGCUCAGACUGCGGGAAGAGUUUUAUUACACAGAGUCAACUCAAAAUUCACCAACACAUUCACACAGGAGAGAAACCGUAUUACUGCUCAGACUGUGGGAAGAGUUUUAAUCAAGAGGGUCAUCUCAAACGACACCAGCGAAUUCACACAGGAGAGAAACCGUAUUACUGCUCAGACUGCGGGAAGAGUUUUAUUACACAGAGUCAACUCAAAAUUCACCAACGAAUUCACACAGGAGAGAAACCGUAUCACUGCUCAGACUGUGGGAAGAGUUUUAAUCGACAGAGUAAUCUCAAAAAACACCAGCGCAUUCACACAGGAGAGAAACCGUAUCACUGCUCAGACUGCGGGAAGAGUUUUAUUACACAGAGUCAACUCAAAAUUCACCAACGAAUUCACACAGGAGAGAAACCGUAUCACUGCUCAGACUGUGGGAAGAGUUUUAAUCAACUGAAUUAUCUUAAAAAUCACCAGCGCAUUCACACAGGAGAGAUAACUAUCUCAGAUGUUCCACUGCAAUAAAAAGUGCAAAUUCUAAAUCGUUGACAGCCAAAGCACCUUAUUCCACCCAGAAUCUUCACUCUGUCACUUCACUCUGUCACUCUGACACAUUCCACCAGAAACAAUCAUGAACUGAAUUUAACAAUGCCUUUGACAGGUUCAGCAAAAUGAAUCUUAUCUGGGGAUGUUGUUUAAUGUAUUCCAUGCUAUGUUUUUCCCAGACAUGUGUAUGUAUAAAGACAUGUAAAAAAAACCUAGAAACUCAGACUUAAGUAAAAGUACAAGUAUAUUUAUUUGAUUAGAAUUUGAAGUGUUAUUUAAGCUUCAUACUUGUACUUGUGUUGCAAGUAGUUUUUCUACAUAUUUGAAUCUAGUACUGAAAGCAAAUUACAACUAAUGUGUUAUGUAGAUAUUAUGGAAAGAACUCAAAAGUUUGAAUAUCAUCUUGUUUAUAUUAUUUCUAAUGUUUAUGUUUACUAAUACUAAUGUCUAAUGCUAGUUUACAGUAACAUCCUUUCUAGGACACUUCACUAAUUUACAGGUUCUACAUUAGCCUUUAGAACUAAUAAUAUUUUACAUUUAAAGAGUGUGGAUUUAAUAGUUCCAGGACAUUUGUAGUUUAAAAAUUUAGUAUGCUUUGCCAUAAGGAGGAAUGAAUAAUUUGGUAAAUGUAUAUUUCAUUCCCAGCCUUAACAGAUACUUAUUUGUUUAAAUGUAAACCUUUUCAUUUUAUUUUCUCCAAUUCUGUUCAUUUAUUUACCUUGCAAAUGUGUAUUGUGUCACUCUGUUUAAUGUUGUUCAAAAGGAGUCUUUGUUUUUGUUUGUUAAAAUAUAAAAUGUAGUUUUUUUUUU